CAGAUGCAGGCAACCUCUGGUAAGACGUGGAUUACACUGCAACUGGACACACGUACUGCACUCGCUGUGGAAGCACACAGACUACUGUGCAGUCACAGACACACUGUGGAUGUAGGAACUCAGACAAAGUUCACGUGCAGCAAAUGGGGAGAAGUGGAAAGACAGUAAACAAUGGGCAGGAUUAGAGUAAAAUAGAACUUUGUGAGAAGGGAUCAAAUGGGAAAUGAGGGCAGAGGUGGGGUGAUUAUGCAAUGUCACUGUACUAAGGAAGGAAAGACCGACAAGCAGGAAGUUACACUCAUAAAUCAGACACUAUUUUAGAUACUGUCCGAAACAGUGGAAGCAAAAGAGUUCUGGUGCAAAGCUGAAGCUCCUGGAAGAGAGACGUAGUUCAUAAUCUGAGGAAAAUCGAAAGAGAGAAAGAGAUUUAAUACAGAGAUGGAACUGAGUCGCCCAAAGUUAUUUGAUUUUCAAGGUGUGUCCAUGGCUCACUAUUUCACUGAUAGCUGGGACAAAGUGCAGAAUUUCAAGGCCAGACCUGAUGACAUUGUGAUCGCAACCUAUCCUAAAGCAGGUACAACCUGGGUUUCCCAGAUUNUGGACCUGCUGUACUUUGGAAAGUCUGAUCCUGGCCGCCAGACCUCCAUUCCUAUAUAUGAAAGAGUUCCUUUCCUAGAGAUAAGCGUCCCAAAUGAACCUAAAGGUGCAGAAUUGGCAGAAAAGAUGACCUCAGUUCCACGCAUCAUCAAAACACAUUUUCCUGUUCAGUUCAUUCCCAAGUCCUUCUGGGAACAAAAUUGCAAGAUCAUUUAUGUGGCCCGUAACGCAAAAGACAAUGUUGUGUCCUACUUUCACUUUGACCGCAUGACCAUGGUGCAACCUGAACCUGGAGACUGGCCCAGUUAUCUGCAGAGGUUUCAGGAGGGAAAAUUGGUUUUUGGCUCAUGGUACGACCAUGUGAAAGGAUGGUGGGAGAAAAAGCAGACAUACGCCAACAUCCACUACAUGUUCUACGAAGACCUUUCUGAGGACACGGCCCAGGAGAUAGAGAAGAUCUGCUCCUUCCUGAACAUCUCACCAAUGCAGGAGGAGAAAGAUCACGUGAUAAAAGAGGUGGCAUUCGACACCAUGAAGAAGAAUAAAAUGGCCAACUACUCCACCAUUAGUAUCAUGGAUUUAAAAAUUUCACCAUUCAUGCGAAAAGGAAAGGUUUCUGACUGGAAAAACCAUUUCACUGUGGCUCAGAAUGAGCAGUUUGAUGAAGUCUAUCAGAAAAAGAUGGCAAACACCACCCUCAGGUUCAGGACAGAAAUAUAGCUUGCAGUGUUCGAGUAAAAGGAUACUCAGGCUCAUGUACCUGUGCUGUUCAAAGGGCUUCCACCAGAUGGAGCCAAAGAUUUCCAGAAGCAGGAUCAGCCUGAAUGAACAUCACAGGCAAGAUACAAGAUACAAGAUACUUUUUUUGUCACAUACAUAGUUAUACAAGUACAACAUGUAGUGAAAUGUACCCUGAACGACCCUUAGACUGUGCAAAUCAAAAGCAGAAUUAAGAAUUAAGUCAGCAAGUUAAAAAAUCAUGAUUGUAAUAAACUAAAAGUUAAAAAAAAACUAGGAAUAAAAUAUAUACAUAGUACAGAGAUAUAUAGAAGUUGUUCUGAUAUAGAAAAUAAUCUUAAGGUUUAAACUGUACAUGUGCAUAUGAUGUUAGAACUAUGUAUUUAAAGUGCAGUGUGACUUGUUGCAGGUGACAUACGUGUAAAUAUAAGCAAAGAUGGAUAUGCAAUUUACAAAUUGUUAAAAUAGCUGGUUGGUGACAGGUAGGAAGAGUUUACAUGAGUUGUGUAUAUUAUGGAUGUAGUGGUGGCAUGUUGGCAUGUCUUGAUUAAAAAGUCGUACAGC